AUGUGGGUUUCUCUAUACUUUGUUACCAACCAUACACUACGGGAUACAAUCUUGCUUUCAUCUAUACUCACACCGUUUACGAUCACCCCUACGAAUGACCACAACAACAACAACCCAAGCAUAACCUCACCACCACACCACAACCACACCACAACCUCCAACCACCACCAAAAUGCCCUCCCAAACCCCAACCCCCCAACCCUCACCUCCUUCCCCCCACCUAACCCUAACCAUCACCCCUCCCUCCCCCAAACCCCCUCUCCAAAUACCACAUCAAACCCCUCCCCCAACGUCCUCCUCCUCCUGCACCCCACCGGCGACACAUCCACCAACCUCACCCCCCUCGCCGUGGCACUCAACCUCCCCGAAACCACAACCAUCACACUCCAAGCACCCACGCCCCUCCCCUUCGACCUGGGGGGAUUCCACUGGGGCGACGACAUCACCUUUUCCCCGGACGGAGGCCUAGACAUGGACGCUGGGUUUUCUCGCUCCGUGAAAGUCAUCCACGAGGUGAUUCGCGAUGUAUUGGUAAGGAAAUGUGGGUAUAAAGUGCGGGAUGUGGUGAUUUGGGGUUUGGGACAGGGGGGAAUGGUGGGGUUGGAGGUUGCGAGGGUGUUGGCUUUGAAGGGGGUGGAUGGUGGGGAUAAGGAUAAGGAUGAUGGGGAGAGAUGUUUGGGGGGAGUGGUUUCGAUUGGGGCGCCGGUUGGGUUGGAUGGGGGGAGGAGUGGGAGUAGCUCUGGAGGUGGUGUUGGGAAGAGUAAAACGCCGGUGUUGAUUGCGGCGGGGAAGGAAGGGGAUGGGACGGCGGUUACGGCGGCGGGAGUGAGGAGGACUCAGGAGUGGUUUGAGUUUGUUGAGGUCGUGAGGUAUAAAAGAAAGGGGGAUGGGAUGCCUAGGAAUAGGGAGGAGAUGACUCCCAUCAUGGCGUUUUUGGCCAGGAGGUUGAGGAGUUAUAAGGGGGUUCCGGAGGGGAGUGUCGAGAUUAGUUAGAUGGAUGAUGGGUGGAUGGAUAGAUGGAUGGAUAUUGUAAUGUACAGAAUACUAGUAGCUACUACCAGGCUACUUACAGCUCCUUCAGAGCUUGUCGUGCCCGCUCGAUUGUCUCUCUGGCUUUCUUGUCUGCUGGCACUUCCUCGACAUACCCUCCUUCAUGCACUGUGUCGCGCAGCUGGGUCUCGGUCUCCAGCAAUGCUGUCCGACCCUCCUCGCGCACCUCGUUCUCGAACCAGUCUCGCGCCGACUCCCACUUGCGCUGCUGGCGUCGCAGCGAGUAGAUCAAUCCGAUGGCGGCCAUUGUGCAUGUCUCGUAGACGCUG